AUGAAAUUAAAACGAAUUUUAGGUCGUAUCAUUUCUAUUUUUGCUGUUGUUUCUAAUAUUAAUUAUGUAUCGAUAAAAAAACUUACUCAAUUAUUACAACGUGCACAUGUUGAAGCAGUUCGAGAUGAAGAAUUACAAAUUGAAAAUGAUGAUAAUGAAUUUGUUGGACGGAGAAUAAUUACGAAUGAAAAUGGUUUACGUUAUUUGAAAAGUUCAACAGAAUAUAUUCGAAAUAGUUUUAAAGAAUAUCAAAUUCGACUUUUUGGUGUUUUUAUUAUAGAUCGUUCGUUAGUUAUGAGAAUUUUACUUCUAGCUGUUUCUGUUGCUAUCUCGAAAAUUUUCAAAUUACUUCAAGAAAAAGUUUAA